CAGCACCACCUAUAGGAAGCAAAGGAAGAAAAAAAAAAAUCAUGCCACCCCUCAACACUUCUCGUCCCUCUCCUAUGACUUUUUUCCUAUUGGGAAUCCCAGGACUAGAGCACCUCCAUGCCUGGAUUGGAAUUCCCUUUUGCUCAAUGUAUGUGGUGGCUGUGGUGGGGAAUGUGACCAUCUUGGCUGUGGUGAGGGCAGAGCGAAGCCUCCAUGAGCCGAUGUUUCUCUUUCUGUGCAUGCUAUCCGUCACUGACCUAGUCCUCUCCACCUCUACACUGCCCCGCAUGCUCUGUCUCUUCUGGCUCAGAGCUCAUGACAUCGCCUUUGAUGCUUGUCUGACCCAAAUGUUCUUCAUCCAUAGUUUUACUACCAUGGAAUCAGGCUUCUUCUUGGCCAUGGCCAUUGACCGUUAUGUGGCCAUCUGUGACCCGCUGCGCCAUACCACCAUCCUCACCCACACUCGCAUUGCCAUAAUGGGUAUAAUUGUAGUGAUGCGUGGUGUAGCCUUCUUUUCCCCACACCCCAUUCUGCUCAAGCAGCUACCCUACUGUAGAACACGAAUCAUUGCUCACACCUACUGUGAGUUCAUGGCUGUAGUGAAGCUAGCGUGCAUGGACACAGGGGCAACCAAGCAUUAUAGUCUCAGUGUGGCUUCCAUCAUUGGGUCAUGUGAUGCCAUUCUUAUUGCUGUAUCCUAUGCCUUCAUCCUCUGCUCUGUAUUCCGCCUGCCAUCCAGAGAAGCCGGCUUUAAGGCUUUGGGCACGUGUGGUUCCCAUGUCUGUGUCAUUCUUGUCUUCUAUUCCACAGCUGGUUUUUCCAUUUUUACUCACCGUUUUGGAAAAAAUGUGCCUGCAUGCAUUCAUAUUUUUAUUGCCAAUACGUACCUUUUGGUGCCCCCUUUCCUCAACCCCAUUGUGUAUGGAGUAAGGACCAAGAAGAUACGGGAAAAUGUUCUUAGAGUCCUAAGGGUCAAAGUUGCCUGA